AUGAAGGCUACUUUCUUUUUGCUUGUGGCUUUUUCCCUUGUCACUAAAUCUGCUGGAUUUGUAGUCGAACGUCCAGAUGGGAUCGGGAUCGAUCUAGAAGUAGAUGACGAAGUAGGAGGAGAAAAUGAAGAUGUCUCAGACUUCCUCGUCGAUUCAAAUGUGGAUACAUCAGGUAAUUUGGGUUUUAUUUAUUUAUUUAUUUUUUUUUUUUUGUUUGUUUUCAUCAUGACCUACCUCCAGCUCCAGAGAAAACAAAUGUCGUUGUAACAAAUUAAUUAAUCAAAAUGACAUCUGAUUUAUGUUUACGUUGAACAUCGAACAGUGCGUAAGUAUCACAUAACUUACCCUGAGUUAAAGAAUCUUUUUUUUCUCCUUUUUUUCUGGCAAAACCGCCGCAAAAACACAGCGCCAGAGUUGUAUUAUAAUCGUGGACGACAUAUGUUUUAUUCUAGUCCUUUUUAAGACGGACCUUUGGAGCUUAGUUACCAGGCAGGUAAAAACAUUUUUUAUAUUUUGGCUGAUUAGAUCUCUUUUCUAGCCGGAUCCAACGUUUACAACUAGCAGGAUCUUCGUCCACGGUUUUUUCAGUUAAUUUAAUCCUUUAUUAUCUACUCACAUAAUUGCCAAUGGUUACUGUGAAAUGACUAGAUCUACUGUAAAUUUGGUUUUUAGAAUGUUCAACCUACAAAAUUCUAAACGAGUCGAGCCGUGCACAAUCAUUUCAGCAGCAUGCAGGCGCUUUUGUCUGCUAUAAUAAAGGAUGGUACAGAUUCCAAGGAGAAGUAGAAACAAAAAUGGCAAAUAGCUGUCCAAAGAGCAACCAUUGUGGCUGGAUGGUCGGUGAGCAUCCUACGGUGGACCAAGGAGUUGUGCGACGUAAAGUAUGUUUUCAUUGGUCCAACAACUGUUGUUCCUUCUCAGCUAAUAUCCGGGUCCGAAACUGUGGAUCUUUUUAUGUGUAUGAGUUACUGUCAAAUCUUAACUAUCAUUGGAAAUUGAAGCUGUACUGUGGAAGUGGUCUGGCAGAUGAGACAGCAGAAAACUCAGGUAAACACAACUGAACAUAUGGUAUAAUCGUAUUCCCUAUGGAACACAUCCACUGUCUGGCGGAGACAAAAAUAUAGUAGUGAGAGUCAGUUUUAAAAGUCCCUCCUCUUGUUUUCUACUUCUCAAAUAAUCCCUGAUUAUUUCUUUUUAAUUUUGCGAGAAAAAAAUCACAUUCAGUAAACACUAAUUUCCUCGGCUGUAUUUUGCCUAUAAAUAUAUGAAGUUCAUGGAAAGUGCGCAUGCACAAGUUGUAGUUAGUUUGUUGUAGUUAGUUACCGUGAAGCAACAUAGAAAGUGAGGGCGCUGCGAGCACCUAAAGAUGGGAACUUUGGCGCAAAACUCAGGCACCGCUACGGUUUCUGGUUAGACGAACUAUUUUCACGUGGUAAAAAAAAAACAUUGUUCGUAAUUAGUGAUUCAUCCUUUUGUUUUUUAUUUUAAAGCCAGCUAUUCUUAGCCAUUUGUGACUUGGCCCACAUCAGAAUCGUUGGUUCUUUUGGGGUGCUGACCAUGCAGAGGCUCCUCUUCCUAUUUUUUCUUCAUGAUUUGCUGCACAUCAUUAUCAUUAUCAUUGUCAUUUCGUUUAUUGUCAUUGUCUUUAUCAUGACGAUUAUCAUUAUCGUUUUAAGCCAGAGUGUCAUUUUUUUCUCUUUGAAGGUGAGUCUGGUAGUGGAACGGCAGCGAUCAACUCUGGUGAGGGGAGUUCUCCAGCUUAACAAAAAAAGUCACAAUGAUUGUUUUGCUUUCAAGAUCAGAGUAUACUUAAUCUGUUUUUUUUUUUUAUGUACCUAAUGUGACCCUAAUAUAUGGGUUAGGACACUAUAUUUACACUUUUUUGAUGUUGUUAAAGAAGGUGAAUAGGCGAAGUAGUUCCUGAAUACAAUGUUUAACGCUAACAGGUCAUUCUCUUGUAUGAUCUAUCGUUAUUGAAUAUUAUUGCUCGAGAAUGUUAACAACUUCUCAAAGUUUAUUUCAGUAGCAACUAUCCUAAAGUACUCGGUAUAUUCCAAAUUCAUGGAAGAAUGUAAUUUCAUAAACUGAACUAAGGCUGAAAUUUAACUUGAAUAUAAUUAUGUUGAAUAAGUUAUCAUAAAAGUGUGGGUAUACCAGUUCUCUAUAUUUUAAAAACCAUCACAAAUACCUCUUAAAUAAAAAUAAAGUCUACUGAAC